AUGGCAGCCACCGAGGAAAAGGGCGUCGAUGCCAUCGAGGCCGCGCCUGUGCGCACCAGCAGCAGCAGCAUCGAGGCCGCCAAGAUGGACAACGCGGACGAGGCCUUUGAGGUCUUCAAGAGGGGUGACGGCAACGUGGACUUCCGCACCGUCAGCUGGAUCCACGCCUCCGUCAUCUUUCUCAAGGUCAUCUUUGCCACCGGCGUCCUGAGCAUCCCCUCGACCAUGUACGUGCUCGGGGCCUUUCCCGGCGCCGUCAACGUGCUCGGCUGGCAGGGCCUCAACACGUACUGUGCCAUUGUGCAGGGCAACUUCCGAAAUGCCCAUGCUGGCUGCCACUCCAUUGCCGACAUGGCCCAUGUUGUCGGUGGCCCGUGGCUGCGCGAGAUCGUCGGCGUCCUCUUUCUCGUCACGUACGCCAUCGUCGGCGCCUCAGGCAUCUUUGGGGCUUCAGUCGGGCUCAACGCGCUGUCUGACCACGCGAUCUGCACCAACUACUUUAUGCUCGUCGCCAUGGUGGCCGUCUUCAUCUUGGCCAGUGUGCGCAAGUUUGAGAAGAUUGCCUUUUUGACGUGGGCCGGCUUCGCGUCUGUGUAUAUUGCCGUCUUUAUUCCCGACCUUUGUCCCGGCAUCACGUCCGUGGCCACCAUCUUCUGCUCGGGUGCCGGCACGUCUGCCUUCUUGCCUGUCAUGUCCGAAAUGCGCCGUCCCCGCGACUACAACAAGGCUGUGUACCUCUGCAUGAGCAUUGUCACGGCCUCGUACCUCUGCUUCUCGCUCGUCGUCUACCGCUGGUGUGGCCAGUGGGUCGCCUCACCCUCGCUCGGAUCCGCUGGCACCACCAUCAAGAAGGUUUCCUACGGCAUCGCCAUGAUCGGCCUGCUCGUAUCUGCCUGUCUUUACGUCCACGUCGCCGCAAAGUAUCUCUUUGUGCGCAUCCUGCGCAACUCCAAACAUCUCCAGGACAGUGGCCCCGUUCAUUGGGCCGUCUGGCUCGCCUGCACCUUCGGCAUGUCCGUCAUCUCCUUCCUCCUCGCCAAUGGCAUCCCCAUCUUCAACUAUCUCCUCGCCCUUGCCGGCAGCCUUACCUUUGCACCCCUGGCCCUCGGUCUUCCCGGCUACCUCUGGAUCUACGAUCACCCGCAGUACCGCACCGGUGGCUUCUGGCAGGCCUCUGCGUACUGGCUCAACUGGCUGUUGAUUCUGCUAGCUGCCUUUUUGACCGUCGGCGGCACCUAUGGCGUGGUCCAGAACAUUAUUGAUGCCUAUGCCAGCGGUCUAAUUGGAGGUGCCUUUUCCUGUGCUGACAACAGCAAUUCGUCGUAG